AUGUUCUUUAAAGCUGGGAAAGUCUUGACGCAGGAAAUAAAAGCCGCAUUGUACAAUGUGAAUGGAAUAAAAAUUUUGGGAAGUCAUGAAACCAUCCAUAGGAACGACCGGAUGUUGUGAAAACCUUCAGAAGUGGGGUGGGACACAUCUACGUCAUUAGGGUUGACAUCGAUGGAAGUUUUCCGGUUUUAGCCUAAAAAAAAGGCAGAAAGGAUUGUGAAACUUCGUUAAAAGUUAACAUUAAGCCUCAGCAAUCACAGUGAUAGGUUGUAGCACAAAAAUUAUUAUUCUGACUUGCUUUCCAAGCUAAAAAUGUCCUACCCAGAGCCUACUUCCACACUUCACGGACUAAUGCUGUGCCCACUAAAAUGAUACCGUUCAGAGUGCCACAGUUGGAAGCUCAAGGGAUUCCAUUUUAACUUUUGGACACAUGUGAAAUCCCUGAUGAUUACAAAGCCAUUAACUGACAGCCAAUGCUUGUGUGCAGGUUGGGAGAAUUUUUAUUUUAAAAUAACAAUAAUAAAUAAAGUUGCACAAAGUAUGCCACAGGGAUAAUUACGGGUUGCUAGUUAAUAACGUCGACUGUGUCAUAUAAUGAUAGUCAGCGCCAACAUAAAGGGCUCUGGACUUAGAAAAAAAAAAUCCUAGUCUUCAAAGUGUCACAGACAUGUGAUAAAAAAAAACUCGUUAACAAAGCCACUUUAUCAAGUAUGUGAAGGAUUUGUGAGAAUCCUUAACCUCAAAAGUCGUAUUGGAUCAUAACUACCGUAAGAUCUUUUGGCCGAAGCUGCAAUAAAAUUUAUAUCAAAGAGCAUAUGCGUAGUUAGAUGUUUUUUUGGCCUGCAAUAUGCCGAACCUUCAAAGCAAAGGCCAUUAUUUCUUUACUGAGGUGGGCUGCUUUCAGCUGAAAAGGUGCAUCACCCACUUUAUGAGUUCCAUGCUUGGAAGGUGUCUAAUUACCUUUCGACUGAGUUGGUGCACUAUAAAUUACCAUAUUGAUUCCCUACACAAGCAACUAAAUUACAGGGACACUCCUUUGAAAUUUGCUGUCCACUUGGACUACGCGAUUGUGCGACGUGAUCGCAGAGUUGAGAGCGACAGAACCUUGAAGUGCCUUUAUGCUUAUGUCUAAAGCAAUUGAACUCUGCACAAGCAUAAAAUAUUGUAUUUGUAGAAGGCAAAAAGAAAAUAAUCACGUGAUGAAUCUCGAAAUUAGUUGCGUGCAUAAAUCUAAAAAAAAAUUGUGCCACAGAUACAUUAGUUGAUAGCUAAAACAAGCAGAGGCACUAAAAAUGGCAUUGGAGGGGGAGGCAAUUUUAAAAGAGUCUAGACGCAUGGCAACAAAAAAAAAUUUGCUUAUGAAUGCAUCAACUAUGUGAAACCGCAUUGAAAGGCAGAUGGUGUGUGUAGCAAGUAAAAUGAGGACCGUCUUGACCAGCUGUUCCAAGCAUUGUAACAUUGGUCUUGGGUACAAGUGAAGGAUUGCAUCACGUAAGCAACAAUGGUACGGAGGUGCAUGGGCCGAAGUCGUGCUACCACAUAGCAGCUUUCACAAAACCAAUCAACUGCGAAGCCUUCAGCAAGCAAUUGUGUGCUUUGCGUCAACGUGGAGGUGGGAAAUGAAGUCUUCGAGGCGAAGAUAAUUAACAAGCCUCUACUGACUGGCGGAAAAACCGAAAAUUCACGAGACCUGAGGCCGCAUUAGAAAUGAAAGGCCAAUUUGAAUGCCACUGACCUGAUUUUAUGAGUUUCUUAUUAGGACUGCCUGAUGAUAGUGGAAUCGGAAAUUACUGCAACUUCAAAGCUUACUAGGACAAUGACUAGCUCGCCUUCCUAUCUCGAGGUAGAAUGAAUUAGGAAUCUGUUAUAAUAUUUGGUGAUAAUAAAUUUUCACAUCUGAUCCAAGGCGGUGUCAUUGGUACAUUUCUGGGCAGUAUGAGUAACCCUUAACGGAAAAAAAAUUUUGUAUAGACUAGGGUGUAGGACUUUGUCCUGCUGUACAAUUGUAGAGACGUUGGGGGAAAACUUCAGCACUAAAAGGUGAAUAUAAAGUGUCAUGUUUACGCACAUGGAAAUGAAAGAUAGAAAAGUGGAAGUGUUAUCUUUGAACGACAACAUAGUCUUUUGUGAAAUAUUUAUCAUGCACCUUUCAAAAAUGUCAAACAACUCCUACUUUGCUUUAAAUGGUAAUAACGACACAAGCCUCAGUACACAUUAUUCCCAAAGGUAUUUUCUUCACUCAUGGAAAGAUUACAACUGUGGAAUAUAUUGUCAAAUUGGUGCACACUUCUAUUAUUAUCUUCAAAACAGUUGGGCCAAAUUUGUUAAUUUUUAUGGACCUGCAUGGCACAAGGCCAGUAAAUAAAUACACAAACCAGCCAUAAAAUAGUCUCGUCUUUGUUCAACACUGACUACUAGCCCGGACAAAUGUUAUGUAUCUUAUCCACUUUUUAUGCAACCGUUCAAACAUGUAUGUUAGCCUGAUUACCUGUGGUCGUCUUGACAGAACAGGCUACAAAGUAGUCGUUUUUUGGGGGGAAAAGAAGAGAACCCAUUUUACGGACCUGGAGGAGCACACGCACACCACUCGCCUCUGCAUCCCAGUCGAGGGGACGAGUAAUUAACUAAAACGCUCCUCAGACCGUGGUGAAAGCAUAGCUAAACAGUUAAUUUAAUUAAUAGUUCGUGUGUUUGUGCAAUCAGGGGUAUUGCAAGUGGAGUGAGGUUAUCCAAACAGCACCUUGUGGUGACUUUCAACCCCUACUGAUGCCAGGGCACAGCUUAUCUGAAUGCAGUGAUUUACUUGGCUAUCAGCUGUUAAAUAAGUGAAACAAAAUAAUCCCAUUAAUAAAACCAACCUCAGUAAAAUUUCCACAAGAGUUGGGUUGACAUCUCCAAGGCAUAAAGCCCGUAUACCAUAAAUUUAAGAACCGUGUUUAAUACUUUAGCCAGGUCUUAUCAUAGCAAUGCAUUUUCAGCCUUUGAGUUUCACGAUAAAUUUAAUAGUUUAAAUAGGAUUUGGUUAAUUGUUUCAAUGAGGAGUACAUAGCAAGACCAGUUUUAAAAUAUUGAGAGUAAGUGUUUAAAGGACCUACAGAAUCGCGAGGAAUGUAGCCGAGACCUUUGUGAAGAGCGCCCAAGUCCAUGGUAUUGCAGGCUGUUCCGAGCAGAAUCUGUUUGCUCGGACUUUGCCUAAUCACAUCGGCAGCUAUUGUACUGCACCCGACGGGCUGGUGGACAUGGGCACGACCUAGGGAGGGCUUAAACGUCGAGGGGACGCUCAAUUCGGAAGCCGGACCCAAGGGGUGUUCUGUGGCCCCCUCGGGAGAUGGCGAUGAUGCGUGCCCAAUCAUGUAG